AUGAAUGAUAUGUCUUGUGUGGCUUCAGGAGCUUCUUUAAUAACAGAUGAAUCUUUUAAAGUAAUGAACACUAUACAUGUUCCUAGAAGAUCAGAAGACUUAACUGUUAUUGAGGAAGUUCAAGAAAAAAAUGAAGAAAUCAAUUUAGAAAAAAGAGAAAAAAAGACAAACAAAGCGCCUGAAUUUCAGGAAUCCGAGGAUAUUAAGGUAGAUUCUGAGUUAGCAAUAGAUCUUACGGUUUCUCCUGUUCCUUCUGGAUUUUCUUUAGAUGAUGUUUUGAUGACACCCUGUAUUGAUGAUUAUAGCAGUACAAGUGAUGAUUCAGAUGAUGUGUUGGAGACACAUAGUUUUUCUGAUUACCAGCUUGAAUAUUCGCCUGGCUUUGUCGAGUUGAAACCUUAUAAACAUCAAGUAGGUGGACAUCAUACAUUGUUUCGGUUUUCAAAACGAGCAGUGUGUAAACCUCUUGUGAAGCGUGAAAAUGAAUUUUAUGAAGCAGUAGAGCAUUUACACCAGGAUUUACUUGCAUUUAUGCCUAGGUAUAUGGGUGUGUUGAAUGUAACGUAUAAAGAUAAUUUACAUAUGGUUUCUCUUGAUAAAAAUACCUUUCAAACUUCUAAGAUGGAAGAGCCGAGUCAUGAACAGCUUCAAAAAGAACACACAUCUGCUUGUAUACAUGCAGUAACAUCUCUGCCUAAGGUCUCACUUGAGCAAAACAUGCAUAUGUUAUCGGCAUCGAUACAGCAAAAUAAAACAUCCUCUUAUCCUAUUUCGAGCCAUGUGGAAGGCGAGGAGGGCUUUAGACCACGUUUUCCAACAUGGGGAGCAACUAUGAUUCAUCAAAACCUUCAAGAACAAGUUUUACGUGAAGUAUUUUCUCCGCGUGAAUAUAGACAAAACAAAAGUACUCAUAGACAUCGUAUUAUUCGACAAAGGACACAAGUUAGGCAUAGAGACGAUUCGUUUGAGCAAAGGAAUUUGUCAGAUUCUUUAACACCAAAUACUCUUUAUGAUACAGGACCUAUCUCUUCUUUAGAUUUUGAUGAAAAGUAUGCAUAUUUAUCAAAAAGACGGCAUUCUAGUGGAAAUUUAUAUGAGGAAAAAGAUCCGAAGGGUAUGAAGGGCCUUGAAGGUUACUCUCUUGAUCAUUCUCCACAACUCAUUCAAUCUCCGGUUAUGGAUACUAAUAGUAUCAAUAUAGAAACAGGGGAUCAGACAACUUCUCUUCAAUCUUCUAGUAAUGAUAUUUUUUCUAUGGUUGAUUUAAGCGAAUCUUUAUUAUCUAAAAAUGAUUCUUUAAAAAAUGUAAAUUCAUCUUGUGAUAUUCACAAAAAUGUUUCAUCUUAUACAGAUGUUGGAUUUAACUGGGCACAACGUUGUUAUGAAUUAGAGUGUGCUAAGCGAUUGAAAAAACUACAAAGCCAACAAACAAUUUCUGUUACGCCUUUACCGGGGGAUUCCGUACAUGAUACGUUAAAUGAUUCUGCACGAAUCGAAAGAUUUAUUUUGAUAGAGGAUCUUACAUCUGGGAUGAAGCGUCCAUGCGUUUUGGAUUUAAAAAUGGGUACUCGCCAAUAUGGUGUAGAUGCAAGUGAAAAAAAGCGUGUAUCUCAAACUAAAAAAUGUGCAAUGACAACUUCCCGUCAACUAGGUGUGAGGAUUUGUGGAAUGCAAGUCUGGAACCGAAAAACUAACGCAUAUUUGUUUCAAGAUAAAUAUUACGGUCGUAAUCUUAAGGCAGAAGUAGAUUUUCAAGCUACUUUAACGAGAUUUUUGCAUGAUGGUAGAACACAAGAAGAAGGAGGUGGUGUUUUUUAUGACAAAAUUCCAAUAGUAUUGAAUAAACUUGUAAAAUUAGAAAAAAUAAUUCGAACACUUAAAGGUUAUCGUUUUUAUGCAAGUAGUUUAUUGCUUUUAUAUGAUGGUGGAUAUUAUGAAAGUGAUGAAGAGCAUUUUACAAAUAUAAAAAAAGAGCCUGAUUUUGACAUCGAUAUUAAAAUUGUUGAUUUCUCUAAUUGUAUAAUACAAGAGAAUCAUUUUUCUAGUGAAAUUAUCUUCCCACCAAAACAUCCUAAUACAUGUGAUUAUGGCUAUAUAAAGGGUUUGCGAACUUUAAGGGUGUAUUUGCAAAAGAUAUGGGAAGAGGCUUCAGAAAAAUGUUUUAUUCAAUGUCAUGGAAAUGAUCUUUCUUAUUUGAAUACAGAGCACAUAGAAAUUGAUCGAGAGAAAAAAAAGAAUACUACUGAUGAAAGUGAUGUAUCAACAUAA